CGAAAUGAUUCAUUUUACCUCUUGCAAGUCUAGAAAUUGAGAGCAUCAAAUUGUCUUAUCGAUCUAUUUCACGACUUCAUGUCCAUGCGUAUUAUCGAAAAUCUUUCAAGCUAUGAUACUAAUGCCAAAUCAAUUUCAUGAGUGCUUUUCUCACGCGAGCGGUCUCGACAAUGUCAGCGCGGAAGACUCAGCCGAUUAUCGCCAUCAUAGGUGCCACUGGCACCGGAAAGUCUGAUCUGGCUGUUGACCUAGCAUCUCGAUUUAAUGGAGAAAUCAUCAACGCAGAUGCCGUACAAAUGUAUGAAGGACUUCCUAUUAUCACAAAUAAAAUCCCUAUGAAUGAGCGGAAAGGCAUCAAACACCAUCUUCUCGGCUCGAUUGGGCUUGAUGAACCGACAUGGACCGUACAAGAAUUUCUCCCGAAGGCACUCGACAUCAUUGAAGACAUCAGAUCACGACAAAAGGUGCCAAUUCUUGUGGGAGGAACGCAUUACUAUACUCAAGCGCUGCUGUUCAGAGAUCAUACGAUCGAAUUUCAACAAGAGAAGUCUAGUUCUCAGAUCCCUGCGGAGGAAAAGCACUAUAUCUUGAGCGAGCCGACUGAUGUCAUCCUCCGAAAAUUGCGUGAAGUUGAUCCCGUCAUGGCGAAUCGAUGGCAUCCAAAUGAUAGGCGUAAGAUUCAAAGGUCUCUAGAAAUUUAUCUUGAAACUGGGAAACGAGCAUCUGAGACGUAUAUGCAAAGACGUCUGGACGAGCAUUCGAAUAGCGCAGGAGGGCUAAGAUUCUCCACACUUAUUUUAUGGCCCUUCUGUGAGCGAGAAGCGCACAAGUCUCGGCUCGACAACCGUGUGGAGAAAAUGCUUCAGGAUGGCUUACUAGAUGAAGUCUCUCAACUGAUGGUAAUCCGCAAGACGAAACUUGACGCAGGCGAAUCGGUCGACUUUACAAAGGGCAUUUGGCAAUCUAUUGGCUUCAAACAAUUUGAAAUGUACCAACAAGCGUUACAAUCGGGAGUAAUGGACGAAAAGGAGCUGGACAAGUUGAAGCAAAGAGCAAUCGAACAGACUCAGGCUGCAACGCGAAGAUACGCGCUCGCUCAACUGAAAUGGAUACGCAUCAAGCUCAUGAAUGCUUUAUUUCGUGCCAACGCACAACGAAAUCUCUUUGUUCUCGACGGCACGGAUAUCAAUAAUUUUCAGGCAAUGGUGAUAAAUCCUGCACGGCAGCUAUGUGAAAAGUUCCUAGAUGAACAGGAUCUACCUAAACCUGAAGAGAUUUGCGCAAUUGCAACGGAACUUUUGACACCGCCAAAGGAGGAUUUGACACAUAAUCCCGAGAACUGGGGCGUUAAGACCUGUGAUCUAUGCGGUGUCAAGGCUGCAACACCUCAAUUGUGGUUGAAACAUGUUGAAAGUCGAGGUCAUAGGCUGAGGCUUAGCAAGAAAAAGUCAAGAGAGACAAAGUCCUUAGUUGCAAUCGAUAUGCCGACCGAAAGCGAGAAUCCACAGAGGAGCCAUUAAAAAAAACCACAUCUCAAUCAUCACAGGCUGUGCGAGCAUAAUGAGCAUCGGAACACGCAGACAAGAAAUUGGUAUUGACCAAGCAGUUCUCGUUGAAUAUGUUACUACAAGAUCUCAUUUUGAGCGUGAUUAAUUCCUAUGGACCUCAAAAUGUCUGCCUCAUUGCGUGCUCCGGACUUGCAAUCGUUGGAUCAAGCUCUUUGUGCUCCUCAAGUCUUCGACUCUGGUGCGAGUCGAUUUCAUGGUUCACAUUUGAAUAUUUCCAGGUUCCGUGUAUUUCCAAAAGCAAUAGAAUUCUUGUGAGGAAUUUAAAAUCCGGCCAGCUGUUGCAUAAUAAUUGGCCUGAUAGAUUGAUUCAAGUAUACAUAUCAUAAUAACGCGAGACAGGCAUCUUAAUCGACCAUUUAUCUAGUCUAUCGACGUCUUCAAUACCUUUGCCUUGAAUCUCAC